UAAUAGCUCUACCCAUUCUAUCUUCAAAAGUCCAAAUACACACCUUAUUCACUCUCCUCACUCCAUAGUAGAGAACUUCUCCAUUGCUAUCAAUUUUACCAAUAAAGCUCAGAAAGGAAUGGCGACAACUCAGCUGACCGCGUCAUCCAUUUCUGCCAAAGGUUUUGCAUCCUUUGAGGGUCUUAGGUCCACAAGUAAUUUAAAGGUUGCGUCUUUCGCUCCUUUAAAGAAGAAUAGCAGGUCAUUCCAUGGCCUCAUUGUCAAGGCUGCAACUGUUGUAUCUCCCAAGUACACUUCACUUAAACCAUUAGGUGAUAGAGUUCUAGUGAAGAUUAAGACUCCAGAGGAGAAAAGUGUAGGCGGCAUUCUGCUUCCAACAUCAGCACAGUCGAAGCCACAAGGAGGUGAGGUUGUUGCUGUUGGGGAGGGUCGUUCGAUUGGCAAGACUACAGUUGAAAUUAGUGUGAAGAAUGGUACCCAAGUGCUGUACUCGAAAUAUGCUGGAACUGAACUAGAGUUCGAUGGAUCAAAGCACCUGAUUUUGAAAGAGGAUGACAUUGUUGGUAUUCUUGAGACAGAUGAUAUUAAGGAUCUAAAACCCUUGAAUGACAGAGUUCUAAUCAAGGUGGCUGAGGUUGAGGAAAAAACUGCUGGAGGAUUGUUUUUGAGUGAGGCUGCAAAGGAGAAACCUUCAAUUGGCACGGUGAUAUCAGUUGGACCUGGUCCUCUUGAUGAGGAAGGGAAAAGGAAAUCACUUUCAGUAUCUCCUGGAAACACAGUUUUGUAUUCCAAAUAUGCUGGCAAUGACUUCAAAGGAGCUGAUGGCUCUGAAUAUAUCACAUUGAGGGCAUCUGAUGUAAUUGCUGUGCUUCAGUAGAUGUUUUAUUAUUAUAUAACAAGAAAGUUAUUCCCAUACCAGUAUUUUGCAAUGUAGUGUAGAAGAGGAGAAGGUUGUAAACCACUUUGGAAUAAAACUUUGUCAAAUUAAUGAAUCCAGUUCUGGAA